UUCUGGUGGGGGGGCCGGAGGGGAGAGCGAGGGCUGCUGUGCGGAGCCGAGGCUGAUGUGAAUCCUUCGGGUCCUGCCUGGAGCUGCUGGAAGGGGGAGAGGGCGCGGGAGGAGGAGGAGGAGGAAGAACAGCGCUGCUUCUGCCGCUUCCGUCAUCAUGGCUCACUCCCCUGUCCAGCAGCCUGGCCUGCCGGGGAUGCAGAAUUUGAAGGCAGAUCCAGAAGAACUCUUUACAAAGCUGGAAAAGAUAGGCAAAGGUUCAUUUGGUGAAGUUUUUAAAGGCAUUGACAACCGAACACAGAAAGUUGUUGCUAUAAAAAUUAUUGAUCUUGAAGAAGCUGAAGAUGAAAUAGAAGACAUACAGCAAGAAAUAACAGUUCUCAGUCAGUGUGAUAGUCCAUAUGUCACCAAAUAUUAUGGGUCUUAUUUAAAGGACACGAAAUUAUGGAUAAUAAUGGAAUAUCUUGGUGGUGGAUCUGCCCUUGACCUUUUAGAACCAGGUUCGCUUGAUGAAAUCCAGAUUGCUACAAUAUUAAGAGAGAUUCUGAAAGGACUCGAUUAUUUGCAUUCAGAAAAGAAAAUUCAUAGAGACAUUAAAGCUGCUAACGUGCUCCUCUCAGAACAAGGUGAAGUCAAGCUAGCAGACUUUGGUGUAGCUGGACAAUUAACUGAUACACAAAUAAAGAGAAAUACCUUUGUGGGUACACCAUUUUGGAUGGCACCAGAAGUAAUAAAGCAGUCUGCUUAUGAUUCAAAGGCCGAUAUAUGGUCACUGGGCAUAACGGCCAUAGAACUUGCAAAAGGCCAACCACCACAUUCCGAGCUACAUCCAAUGAAAGUGUUAUUCCUGAUCCCAAAGAACAAUCCACCAACAUUAGAAGGAAACUAUAGUAAACCUUUGAAGGAGUUUGUCGAAGCCUGCUUGAACAAAGACCCCAGCUUUAGACCAACGGCCAAAGAACUCCUAAAGCACAAAUUUAUAAUACGAAAUGCAAAGAAAACUUCUUACUUGACAGAUCUCAUUGACAGACAUAAAAGAUGGAAGGCUGAGCAGAAUCACGAUAAUUCGAGCUCUGAAGAUUCCGAUGGUGAAACAGAUGAUCAGGCAUCAGGUGGCAGUGAUUCAGGUGACUGGAUAUUCACAAUCCGAGAAAAAGAUCCCAAGAAUUUGGAGAAUGGAGCGACCCAACUCCAUGAGUGGGAAAGAAACAAGGAAAAUACCAUUCAAAGGCGCCCUGCAUCUCGAUGCUUAUCUACAAUUAUAUCGCCAUUAUUCGCAGAGCUGAAAGAGAGAAGUCAAGCUUGUGGGGGGAACAUGGGCUCCGUAGAAGAACUGAGAGAGGCUAUUUAUUUAGCUGAAGAAGCCUGCCCGGGAAUUUCAGAUACAAUGGUGACGGAGCUAGUGCAGCGGCUUCAGAGGUAUUCAGUAGCUGGAGGGGGCACAUCAUCCCACUGAAGUAUGAUUUCAUGAUCUUUGCUAUUUCACUGGGGCGCCUGCAGGUACCUGUUCUAAUGUUGGUCUUCCACGAUUGGCAAGCAAUUAUAUGGACAUUCCUGAAGGGGCAGCAACAGUGUUUUAGCAAGGGCAUUGUUUUUCAACUCUGUAUAGUUUUUUUUUUAAAUAAUGCACAUAUUCAAAGGAGGUAUCUUUAUACGUUUCUGAGAUGUAAAUUUAGGAUUGCAGUUAGGAACUAAAGCUAUUGUGAAAUCUCAGGUAUCUUGUGUUAAGUCAUUGGCCUUCAGCUCAUGGAUCUGGAUCCAUAAGUGGGUGGCAUUUCAACCUGAAAUGUGUGCACUAGUGGCACUGCCACCAUUUUCUUUGUUUUAAGGUUUUGUUUUAAGAAAGAAAUGGAAGUCUGGAAUUGAGUCCCAUGUUCCACGUUUACAUUUAACAUGGAUUUGGGGUCUGAAAGAGUUGAAGGCAACUGCUUUAAGUCAAAGAAUCUGUGAAUUGGAUGUAUUAUUGGCUCUGUGUACAAAUUCGUAUAUAGUCACUUUUUUACUGAAAUUUGCUUGACAGGCAUACGGAAUUCCUCUGUACAAAUUGCCAAAUGCUUCUGUAGAUGAAACUAGUGAGGUAAAUAUUUUGACUGAUAGAUCAACUUAUUAUAGGCUUGUCUUUGUUUAUAUGAAAAUUUUAAAUUGUAUUAUAGCAGGUUUUGCUUGACCUUUGUUUACAGGUCAGAAAUAAUUAAAGCCGUGCUAUAAAAAUCCGGUUUAUACCUCAGAUGCAGAUUUUUUUUCUUGUUUUGUUACAUAGUAGCGUUUUUUGUUUCUAAUCAUGGUACGAAUUUGAUUAUUUUAAUUUAGUACAUCAUAUUCUUUGGAGUUCUCUAGUUUUGCUUAUCUUCAUGGUUUUACAUCUGUUUAAAAUUGUGCCAAUCCAAAGUUUAAGUUUGUCUUUCAUAGUUUUGUUUUAGAAUUAAAUGGUAAAAUCUUAACAUAUAACUAAAUUAUAAACACUUUUCUUUUGAUAUGCUUCCUAGAAAUUCUGGAUGAAUAAUGGCAGUUUUGUAAAAUGCUGGUCGUAAAGAGGAUUAAAAAGAUGUGAACAACUUUAAUUACAAUCAUUGAGAUUCAAAUUUGGUUUUAGCUUAGUAUCUGAAAUCCAUUGUGUGGGGGAGGGGAGAUAUAUGAAAUUUCAUUAAGAUCUAAAAUAGAAAACUGCAGUCUCACUUUUAAUAGGUAAGAACUAGUACAGUAUAACACUUAUCUAUUGUUAAUCUUAAAUAAAUAUGAUAGAAAUCCCUUCUGAAUUUUUAUUUUCAAGAGAUAUUUGGAAAAGAGUGGAAAAAAAAUGUAGUUAAAAGUCUGAGGAUGUGGUUACUCAAGGAUUUUACAAGGGGCUUGCUCUUUGUUCAUUUACAAUAAAUUAAUGUUUUCAAUAUUAUUACACUGUUCUGAUUUCAACAUGAAACCUAUAUUGUAAUCUUAAAAAAAAUAAACACAGUAACACUAAAA